AUGUUUCUUCAACUAGCUGACCGUUCUAUUAAAUUUCCAGUAGGUAUGCUAGAGAAUGUUUUCAUCCGUAUAGGUCAAUUCUAUAUUCCUACCGACUUUAUAAUAAUGGACAUAAAGGAGGAUUCAAACAUCCUUAUCAUUUUAGGAAGACCCUUUUUGGCCACUGUUGGAGCUAUCAUAGAUGUGGAGAAAGGAAAGCUAACCUUUGAGGUUGGUGAAGAAAAAGUUGAAUUUAUUCUAUCACGGUUCUUAAAGGCACCAGUUAUAGAAUAUUCGUGUUGUUUUAUAGACGUCAUCGACGAAUGCAUUAGAGAAAUGGAGAUGGAAUGA